ACCGAAAAGCAGGGCGAAGUGUGGACAGAGUUCAAUCUUGAGAUUAUCAAAGCACAAUUUCUGCAGUUUUUACUUUUUUUUUUGUUGCAGCUUGGGAUCAGUUUUGAACACUUUGUGGAGACCUUUAGAAGUUGCUGAGUCUCUGCACUGCUUGAGAGAGACAUGGAUGCUUUCGAGGGAAUUCACUGCGUCCAGAUUUCCUCUUCUCCACCGUCUUCAGCGACAUCCAGCCCAGGAUACGAACUCAUCAAAGCAGGGAGAUCUGGAAUAGCAGUAUAUUCCUCUUCAGUGUUUUUCGGCCCACCUGAUGUCCUGGGACAGCCAGCCGCCAGACACAAGUGCAGCAGGAAAACUGAGGAGGAAGGCUGUGUUGUUGGACGGUUGGUAGAUCUGGAUCCAGAGCCGAAGUCCAGAGUGGCGGGAGUAGGCCAGGCAGUGCCCACCUCGGGCAGGGAACAUGGCGCCCUCUCCCGGCUUCGUAGCUUGUCGCUGGAGCUCAGAGAAAAAGAAAUCCGAGAAAAGGGUUCGGAGAUCCUCAGUGAACAGCUCGACGCUGCAAAGAAGGAACUGAAACUAAAGGACAAGGAGUGUGAGCGUCUUUCACAGAUCAGGAAUCAGCUGGAGGAGGAGCUGGAGGAGCUAACUGCCAGUCUGUUUGAGGAAGCUCACAAGAUGGUGAAUGAAGCUAACGUCAAACAAGCAGCAGCAGAGAAACAACUGAAGGAGGCUCAGGGAAAGAUCGAUGUUCUGCAAGCAGAGGUGACGGCGCUCAAGACUCUGGUGUUGACAUCAACACCUUCGUCACCAAACCGCCAACUGCAUCCACAGCUGCAGCCGUCCGGACCCAGGGGAGCAUACAAGCAUGUCGGGGGCCACGUCCGCAACAAGAGUGCGAGCGGUGGCUUUCCAUCCUCACCUGGAAAAUCAGAACCCUCCUCAGUUUCCAUUCAGCCUACGGCCAAAGAGGACCGAGAGCCUGCUGUUCCUGCUCUUCUCUCUCUAAUACUCUGCCUCGUUCCUGGCAAGUCUGUCAGUGUGACCUUUGACCAUUACUGGCAGGAGCAGAGGGAGGGUCUGGGCACUGACAGCAGACAGAUGGACUCUGUUCUGUAUGCAGAGUUUUUGAUGUGGAAGGAGAAUCCAAGUGUGGAGCGCUCCUCUGCCUUUUUGAGUCGCAUCUAUAGAGAAGACAUCGGACCCUGCCUCUCCUUCACAAGAUCUGAGCUGUCGCAGCUGGUGCAGAGUGCAGUGGAAAACAACUCUUUGACUAUCGAGCCUGUGGCCAUGUCGGCGUUGCCGAUGGUUAAAGCCUCAGCUAUUGAGUGUGGCGGCCCAAAUGGCUUUAGGGCACCAAUAGAGACAAAAUGUGCAUUAAGCGGCAUGUCGCGCCUCUGCCGACAUCGCAUUAAACUUGGCGACAAGGGGAGCUACUAUUACAUCUCUCCUUCCAGCCGAGCACGGAUCACGGCUGUUUGCAAUUUUUUUACUUAUAUCCGCUACAUCCAGCAGGGCCUGGUGAGACACGAUGCAGAGCCGAUGUUCUGGGAGGUGAUGCGUCUCCGUAGAGAGAUGACUGUGGCCAAGUUAGGUUUCUACCUCACUGACCAGGGCUAGAGGACCUGACAGUCCACUGAAACACCCGACAGGAUCCCAGGACCUUGAUUAUUCAAGGUCAGAGUUAAACUGUGGUAACAAACAGGUCUUGGAUCAGUUAUUUGUAGCAGAGGUUGUACAGCAUUAGUGCUGCAGCAGAGGUUGAUCAACAAGGGAAGCAGAAAAUGUUCAUGUGCCACUUUUAUGCAAUAAGACAAAGAGUUAAACCAGCACAGCUAGAAAGAAGUAAAAAAAAAAAAAAAUACAUGAUUUUAAAGAUAGUGUUAUUCCAAGAUAUGUAAAAUAUAUUUUUCCGUUACACUGCAGGCCUCCAGUAAUUCUCUUCACUGGUGAGGAGAAAUGUUUGUUUCUGAACCUCCCCGGUGGAGAACACACAACUUCUCUUGUUAAUACAAAUACACUCUAUGCAUCAUGUUCCAGUCUGUUGACAAGAUGAGCACAACGCAUGAGAGCAGUAUAGCGUUUAGUUGGUCUCUUACCUCAAGUAUUACAUACUUAAAUAACUAUGUAAUGUAAAAGCUCUACUGUGAGAUUGACAAUAUCCAUGUAGUUUCCACAGAUUAAUUAUUUGGGUUGAUUUCUUUAUUCUUACAUACAUAUAAUACUCACGAGCAUCUCUUAGUUACUUUCAGUUCUCAAACACAGACUUUUUGUCUCAGAAUGGCCUUAAUUUUGUUUUACAAUUUUGUUGAUGUAAAACCUACCCGUUGUAGAUGCCUCGUAUAAACACGCAAAUGAAACUGCUUCAUGUUAGCCUGACCUGUACUUCAUAAUCAGAAAUAUUGUUAAUGACUUAGUGAUGACACCUCCACGCUCAAAAUAGUGACAGUUUUACAAUGUAGUCAGAAAAUGAACAAGCUUUAAUCCAAGUGAUUGCAAUAUACAUGCACAACUGUAGUUUUGCACGUCUACAAUGAAGAGAAUGUACAUAAAGUAAAAGCCAUAAACUACUUUGCAUGAAUUCAGCACAUAGCCAUAUUGUACAAUGUAUAUUGGUUGUACCUCAUAAUAUAGAUUUAUUAUUAAUGACCAAUUUUUGCA